AUGUUCCAUACGAUCCGCAACGGAAUCGCACAUAUAUGUGCAAAAGCCACACCAAAGCGCCUCGCUAUUGAUGUUGAUAGCAUCCACCUCUUGUUCCCACGCUUGAGGAACUUGAAAGGCUUUCGAGAGCGACUCUUCCGUGUCUGUAAAAUGUUUCUGUUGUAUGUGCUGCUUAAGGAGAUCUUUGCGGGCGAAGCUCCGUUCGUGCAUGUUGCUUUCGAGACAGUCGUGAAGGUUGUGCAUGUCGAAGUGAGUCAUGUCCUCGACAGGAUCGCGACAGAACACGCAUUCUCCUUCUGGAGUAACAGGACCGAGGAGCAUACAUACCCAUUCAGUAUCGUCGUAGCCAUGCACAGCUAG